AUGGUUGGAUCCCAAUGGACGAGCUCCGAACAAAAGGAUUACCUAGAGACUCAAUUUAGCGAGUUCCUGAAACAGCAACUUCAGGGUACUUUGUUGAACUUCUGGUCCACCGUUAGCAUGGAGUUCCUGAAUCGAUGGCCUGAAAUCGAUGUACUGUACCCAGACAAGACACUUUCACAGCUCAGCGAGGCUGAGAAUGUGGUGCUGGGAAAGGCAGUUGAGGCGCGCAAGAAGCAAAUAAAAAAUUGGUUCAAUUAUAGAUCUCGCAAGGGCGGUCGGUCACAACUCAACGCAAUGACGAAAUCGAUUACGAAGAUGCUCGGCAACAAGGCAAAAGGAACUCGGGCUCUUACCGAGGUCGAAAUAUUUUCAAAAUUGAAUUACGAUACUGCUGUACGGUCGCAGAUUAAGGAGAAAAUCGAGGCCGGGUUGCUCGUGACCAAGAACAAGAAAUUGUUAGCAGUCAAGGAGUCGACAAAAGCAGCAUAUGAGGCUGCGCCAUCAGAAAUUCGGUCAUUAUGCAAGGCGAAGGCUGCCGAAGAACGUGAAGCUAAGGCUUCUGUCGUGCUCUCCGAAGCCGCUGCAACUGGAACACCUACCAACGCGCAGUAUGCAAAGGCACUAGAGGAGUGUAUCGGCCCAAUAUCACAAUUUUUUGACGCGUUAAGACAGCUAACAGGUUGGGAGUGGUCUGUCAUUGGUGGAGGCCCUGAUCCUCACCUUGGCGGCAUGCUUAAUGUUUCGAGUUAUCACACAGGCGUGAAUCAAUCUGGCCUCACGUGGAAGCAGGCGACUUCGAAUUUUACAGACAAGCAUCUCAACCCAUACCUGAGUUAUCUUGGGACCGUUUUCACCGAAGAUGACAGGAAGAAGCGCGCGUUAGACUACGUACUCCCAGUGGAACAAGAAGAGAAUUCCUGGCGUCAAGAGGCCGAGGCUCCGACGAUGUCGGAUGCGAGCACCUCAUUGCAGGUGGCUCUCUCGUCACCUGCAGUGGCCACAGCAUGCGACUCCCAGCAAGCUGUAAAUUCCGUGUUUGAUGAGAGCCUUCUGCCCUUCGACUCACCAGGGCCCUCAGAGGCCUCACGCUUCAGCUCGCAAGGCAAGGGUAAGGAAGCAGCCACCGGAGUGCCUGCAGUCCCUGAGAGCCUUCUGCCCUUCGACUCACCAGGGCCCUCACGCUUCAGCUCGCAAGGCAUUGAUGACCUGUACUCUUGGGCCCUUGGUACCCCCCUUCCUUCAUCAGUACCUUGGCCUCAAACACCUAUACUCCCUGCAUUUCCGUCAACGUCAUCAGUGCCUCCCCUUCCAUUGACUUCGCCUGAUACUCCCAUUACAUCAUGGAGGAAAGACCCCGAGCUGUGGAAUACAACAAGGGAUUUGACAUCUCCUGCUGUUCCUUCAGUGACAGCGCCGAUGUACAACUUUGACGGCUGUUCUAUUUCCUCCAGUAUCAAUCCACAGCAAAUUCCGGUUCUUCCUUACCCCAUAGCAACCGACCAACUGACUGACGAGGUCAUCCGUCCUGCCGCUACUGUAGCCCAGCUCACAGUUGUCACCAGUGUGGACCUCACUGCUAUGGACGCACCUACUGCAGAAGCACCCACUACUGUUAUUGAUGCUGGCAUUGCUGCUACAGCACCGACUACCUCUCAUGUUCGCGCUGUUGCUAUGGUCCAGGGGACUGGUAUGGAACUCCCCACCAUGGACACAACUACCACGAGCGUGCCUGCCGUAGUCACAAUUACCGUGGAUACACCUGCUCCCCAAUUUGCGGCGGUGCAAUCAGAAGAGGACACGCCUGUGGCUGCAGACCAGGGUGUUGUCAGGAAAAGCAAGGGUGGUAAGAAAGGUGUCGAGCAGAGGCGUCCGCAAACUGCACGCAUCCAACCUUCCAAUAGCUCACCCCCCUCAGUCAAUGUCCCUCUUCAGAAGACAGGUCGUGUCCGCCAGGAGUCCACGCGCAUGGCACAAGCAAACACGAUAGGCGAGAGUGCGAAGAGACAUAGGACAGGCAAAGCGGAGAACGCCCUCCAAAAGAAGAAACGCAAAUCAUACGCCUGA